CUCAGGUCAGCCGCGGUGCAUAGUAACUCUAUGCACGUUCUCGUCUCCGUCUUUUUCUUCACUGCUACUGCUACACAGUAAGUACCCACUCUCUCUCUCUAUAUUAAAGCCCUGAACCAGUGACCACAUACUGAGUGAGCGAGUCCGAGUCUGAGUCAAAGCCCGAGUCCAACUUUGUGUGUGAGAGGAGAGACCCGUAAUAACUAAUAAUGGACGUCUACGGCUUAUCUUCACCGGACUUGCUUCGUAUCGACGACCUUCUCGACUUCUCCAACGACGAAAUCUUCUCCUCUUCCUCCACCGUCACUUCCUCCGCCGCUUCCUCCGCCGCAUCUUCGGAAAACCCUUUUAAUUUCCCCUCAUCCGCUUCCAAUUCCUUCCACACUUCUCCUCCUCCUCUCCUCACCGAUUUCACUCACGAUUUCUGCGUUCCCAGUGAUGACGCAGCUCAUCUCGAAUGGCUAUCGCGAUUCGUCGACGACUCGUUCUCCGACUACCCAGCGAAUCCUUUGACCAUGACCGUCAGGCCCGAGAUGUCGUUCACCGGAAAACCCAGAAGCCGACGAUCAAGAGCCCCAGCACCUCCCGUGGCCGGAACCUGGGCACCGAUGCCGGAAUCCGAGCUUUGUUACUCCGUCGCCAAAACUAAACCCAAUAAGAAAUUCGAAGCCGAACCCAUGGCGGCGGAUGGAGGCGGAGCCAGACGCUGCACGCACUGCGCGUCGGAGAAAACGCCUCAGUGGAGGACGGGGCCGCUCGGGCCUAAAACGCUUUGCAACGCUUGUGGAGUUCGUUUCAAAUCAGGGAGGCUCGUGCCGGAGUACAGACCGGCGUCGAGUCCGACCUUCGUGCUGACUCAGCAUUCGAACUCUCACCGGAAAGUUAUGGAACUCAGGCGACAGAAGGAACAAUUAGAAUCGGCCGUCCAAUUUCCGCCGUUUCAGCCGCAAUAAUAAUUCGCGUUUGCGUCUUCGUCGUUGUGGUUUGGGGUUUUCUUUCGAGGGUUUUUGAGUCACGAGUUUGGUGACGUGUCGUAAUCAUAACGGCGAUGAUCACGUGACCGACGGAGAGCUAAGGAUUAAAUAUCAGUAUUAGUUUUAAAUCGAACUCUGCUGCUAAUCACGUCAUUAAUUUGUUAGAAUUCAUUUGAAA